UGCCAAACUUAAGAGCCUCAGGGGCCCUUUAGAAAUAUAAUAAUAAUAUAAAUUUAUUCUCUCUCUCUCUCUCUCUCUCGAAAUAAUCUCUCUCAAAAAAUGGCUACAUCGUCUAAAAAAUCAAGCGGACCGGUGUUACCAAUAGCGUCUGCGUUCCGGCGAUCGAUCUCUCCGUCUGGUCGGUUCUGCAAUUCGGCGAUGGGGAUUUCAGACGUAUCGUCGUUCGCCUCAUCAUCCUCGUCGUCGUUUACGUAUACUUCGAAUUCAUCGAGUGGUUUCUUCCAGAAUCACAGGUCAUCAUCUCCGACGCGCGUGAACCUUCACGCUAUGUCUUCUUCAUCUCCGACGCCGUCGGUAAGGUUCUCCAUCAACAGAUCUGACUCGCCGCGACGUUCCAUGGCGGUAUCGCCACAAAAUCAGGUGGUACGAAAGCGCGAUGGUAACAGUAUGUCGCUGCAGAAGAGGACUUGCUUGUGCUCGCCUACUACCCAUCCCGGAUCGUUCAGGUGCGCUUUGCAUAAGAAUAAUUUUGGUAGCAAUAGUGGGAAUAAUCAUUCUAUAUCAUACUCGCCCAAUCGGUUGAACGCUCGGAGAUCGGCGAUGACGAAUUCUCUUGUGCGGAUCGGAACGGUUGAAGGCGAUUUGGUUAAGCGAGCUUUGGCGGCUCUGAUUCGGCCGUCGUCUCAUCAGCAGCGCCGCCGAGUCGAUUUCCAGCCUCGUCCUAGCCGUUUGUCUAUCAUGUCUAAAGCCGAGGAUCUGAGAGAGGUCUAGUUCUGUGGGUUACAGGUUGGUUCUAUUGAUACGGUUUAGAAAAGAAGUUUACUCUUCAGUGAUUUCCAGCGAAAGGGCUUUGGCCAGAUCUCG